ACGUGUCCCAACUCAGUCUCUCUCUUUGCCACUAGUGCCAACCAAAUCCAAUAUUUGAAACCCAACUUACCAUUAAUACAAAUAAAUAUCCCUAUACCUUUGUUGUAGUACCACCAAAUACCUAGAAUUUACAUACUUUGAUUAUUGCAACAUGAACACCAAGGGAACUGAAAGGGUAAAUGAAGAGGGAGCAAUUGAAACCAAGGUGGAUACUAUAGAUAUACAAUCACCACCGGGGGAAAACAAAGAACCCAAGGUGGAGAACGUGGGAGUGGUCCAUUUGACUCAUGAUAGGCCCAAUACUGGCAACAAAGGUGGUGUUUUAGCUGGUGCAGCUGAGGCAGCAACUAAGGCUGUUCAGGCUGUCAAGGACUCUAUGUCAGGCAGCAACAAAUGAAAAACUAUACAUGCAUAUAUGUGUAUUCUCUAUGCCUUUUAUGUUAAAAAAUAAUAAUAACAAGGUUCACUAGGUCAUGGGUUUUUCAUUUUUA